ACUAGCUCAGAUCUUUCUUUUUGCUGCUAAAGGUUUUACGAUUCAGGAUAUUCUUGGUCCAAGGAUAAUUUCCUUGAAGGAUUGUAUGUGGUCAACUUAUAUGUUUCUGCAUGAAUCAUUGCUAGAUAACAGCUUACAAAAAGCAUAUUUUAGAUUUAGGACGAGGAGAAUAAAGCUAAAGAAGAAGGCAGGUGUUGAUCCAAUCAGUACUGCUUUUGAUCAGAUGAAGAGGGUGAAGAAUCCCCCUAUACGUUUGAAUGACUUUGCAAGCAUUGAUUCUAUGAGAGAAGAAAUUAAUGAAGUCGUAGCAUUUUUGCAAAACCCUCGUGCUUUUCAAGAAAUGGGAGCUCGCGCCCCUCGGGGAGUUCUUAUUGUAGGGGAGAGAGGAACUGGAAAGACAUCCCUAGCACUAGCAAUUGCAGCAGAAGCUAAGGUGCCUCUUGUUGAAGUUAAAGCCCAGCAGUUAGAGGCUGGUUUAUGGGUUGGCCAAAGUGCAUCAAAUGUUAGAGAGCUGUUUCAAACAGCACGUGAUCUGGCCCCUGUAAUCAUAUUUGUGGAGGAUUUUGACCUCUUUGCUGGAGUCAGAGGGAAGUUUAUCCACACUAAAAAGCAGGACCAUGAAGCCUUCAUCAAUCAACUCUUGGUGGAACUUGAUGGGUUUGAAAAACAGGAUGGUGUGGUCUUGAUGGCUACUACUAGAAAUCUCAAGCAAAUCGAUGAGGCGUUGCAACGCCCUGGUCGGAUGGAUAGGAUAUUCCGUCUUCAGCGGCCUACUCAAGCAGAAAGAGAAAAGAUACUUACGAUAGCUGCAAAAGGAACUAUGGAUGAAGAACUUAUAGAUUUUGUAGAUUGGAGAAAGGUCGCAGAGAAAACAGCUCUUUUGCGUCCAAGUGAACUAAAACUUGUUCCCGUGGCCUUGGAAGGUAGUGCCUUUCGAAGCAAAUUCCUGGACAUAGAUGAGCUUAUGACCUACUGCAGCUGGUUUGCGACCUUCAGCAGCCUUGUCCCGAAAUGGUUAAGGAAGACCAAAGCUGUAAAGCAAUUAAGCAGAAUGCUGGUGAAUCAUCUUGGAUUGACAUUAACGAAAGAGGAUCUAGAAAAUGUUGUUGAUCUGAUGGAGCCUUAUGGUCAAAUAAGCAAUGGAAUCGAAUUGCUAAAUCCACCUCUUGAUUGGACAAUGGAAACAAAGUUUCCGCAUGCUGUUUGGGCUGCCGGUCGGAGUUUAAUUGCUCUUCUUCUACCAAACUUCGAUAUUGUGGAUAAUCUGUGGCUCGAGCCUUUCUCGUGGGAGGUACCAUAUUCUGUUUCUUCGUUAGAAGUAGCUUUUUUAAAGUAUGAUUGUAGUUAUAUCUUUGUCAUUUUUCUUAAAAGAGAAAGCAAGAGAAACUUAUCGGACUGAUGUUAUUGAUCUAUG